GAACUGGCGUUAGAGGAGGAGCUGGCGCUGCUGGCGGCCGGGGAGCGGCCGUGCGACCCCGGGGAGCAGCCUCCGACCGAACCGGGCUCGCCGGCCGAGGGGGCCGGGCCGCGGGCGCCACCCGCUCAGGACCCCGAGCUGCUGUCGGUGAUCCGGCAGAAGGAAAAGGACCUGGUGCUGGCGGCCCGGCUGGGCAAGGCGCUGCUGGAGAGGAACCAGGACAUGAGCCGGCAGUACGAGCAUAUGCACAAGGAGCUGACCGACAAGUUGGAGCACUUAGAACAAGAAAAACACGAACUGAGACGACGGCUUGAGAACCGAGAAGGAGAGUGGGAAGGACGCGUGUCCGAGCUGGAGAGCGAUGUGAAGCAGCUCCAGGACGAGCUGGAGAGGCAGCAAGUCCACCUGCGGGAAGCAGAUCGGGAAAAAACCCGGGCGGUGCAAGAGCUGUCCGAACAGAACCAAAGGUUACUGGAUCAGCUCAGCAGGGCGUCAGAAGUUGAGAGACAGCUGUCCAUGCAAGUCCACGCUCUCAGAGAAGACUUCCGGGAGAAGCACUCGUCCACCAACCAGCACAUCAUUCGGCUGGAGAGUCUGCAGGCUGAGAUCAAGAUGCUGUCGGAUCGGAAACGGGAGCUGGAGCAUCGCCUGAGCAGCACCCUGGAGGAGAACGACGUGCUCCAGGGGACCGUGGAGGAGCUGCAGGACCGGGUGCUGAUCCUGGAGCGGCAGAGCCACGACAAAGACCUACAGCUGCAUCAGAGCCAGCUGGAGCUCCAGGAGGUGCGCCUCUCCUACCGGCAGCUGCAGGUGAAGGUGGAAGAACUGACGGAAGAGAGGAGUCUGCAGAGCUCUGCCGCCACCAGCACCUCCCUCCUGUCAGAGAUCGAGCAGAGCAUGGAGGCCGAGGAGCUGGAGCAGGAGAGGGAGCAGCUGAGGCUGCAGCUCUGGGAAGCCUACUGCCAGGUGCGCUACCUCUGCUCCCACCUUCGUGGGAAUGACAGCGCUGACUCGGCCGUGUCCACGGACUCCUCCAUGGACGAGUCUUCCGAAACCUCGUCCGCCAAGGACGUGCCAGCCGGCAGCCUGCGCACUGCCCUCAACGAGCUCAAGAGACUCGUACAGAGCACCGUGGAUGGCAUGGAGCCCACGAGUUCCCGGAGGAUUGAGGAUGACUCCCUAGAAGAACAGAUAAGGCAGACCAGUGAGGACUCGAGAGCCCUAAGGGAGCUCAUGGAGGGAGAGAGGGGUAAACUGAGGCAAAGCCUAGAAGAGCUGCAGCAACUCCACAGCCAGGUGACACUGCUGAGUAUGGAGAUGACUGCGCUGAAGGAAGAGAGAGACCGACUCCGAGUGACGUCGGAGGACAAGGAGCCAAAGGAGCAGCUUCAGAAGGCCAUCAGGGACCGGGACGAGGCCAUUGCAAAGAAGAACGCUGUGGAGCUGGAGCUAGCCAAGUGCCGGAUGGACAUGAUGGCUCUCAAUGGCCAGCUGCUGGACGCCAUUCAGCAGAAACUGAACCUCUCGCAGCAGCUGGAGGCUUGGCAGGACGACAUGCACAGGGUCAUUGACCGGCAGCUGAUGGACAAGCACCUGAGGGAGCGGAGUCGGCCAGCCUCGUCCUCCCGGGGGGGCAGCAGCGCAGGCCGGGGUGAUGGGCCCAGCACCCCUGAAGGCAAACGACUCUUCUCGUUCUUCAGGAGGAUUUAGGUUGGGAGGGUGGGGGGCUUCAGGGCCGCCUCACUGUCCACAAGGGCAGUAGAAACCCUGCCCCCACCACAGGGCCAACUCAAGCUUGGGCACCCCCGGCCUGUUACUGAGUAGAGCUGACAGCAGGUCAUACCCAGCCCACCCAGUGCUCAGUGCCCAGCCCCCAGCACUGCUUCUGAAAACUGGGGAGCAACAAGUGGAGGCCCUUCUCCGCAUGCCGCAGGGAGCCACAGGCCCAGCCUCCCCGCCCUGGCAGAGGGGUGAGGACAGAGGAGAGGCGGCUCUCAGGGGAGGGGACAAGGCCACAGGUGUUCCCUGGCUCACCCCAGGGGCUGCGGUGGACGAUCCCCAGGAAGAAGGGUCCUGUUCCUGACACCCGUUCGUCCUCCCCAGCCUGUAGUGGGCCCCUAGGGAGAGACCCUCCCUCUUACCACACCUGGCCCCUGGCCCUCAGAUACUUCUUAGCCCAGCCAAGCAGGCCCAGGACAGACUAGCCCCUGAGGGUCUGUGGUCAGCCACAGGGCAACAUAGUACCAAGGGGACAGGAGCACUGCGUCGGCCCAGGGCGCAGAAGGAACGCCCACCCCUGCUGCUCCGGCCACCGUCUGCUGAGGCCCAAGUCCAGGCCCGCCUCCCUCCCUGGGCCAGCCCAGCAGGGCCGUGGCAAGAAUGUACUAUAGAUGUGUACAUACCACAGUGCUGUACCUUUUGUAUGUAGCAACCCUGUAAAUACAUGUAUGGAUUUUAUAAUAUACAUAUUAUAUAUAAAUCUAUAAAGGCAUAUUUUUAGAAAAACGGCACACCACUGCUUCUUUUGAAAAUAGUCUGAAUGAGAAUAAAAUUAAUUUCUACAGA